GAGUUCAGCGUCCUAUUCAGUGUCCUUUGUGCCUGUCUGGCAACAUCUAAAAUAUAACCAGAACAAUCUGAGGCAGUUUCAUCAACCCAAGAAGAUGUCUGCUGGGACAUGUCUGCGCAGAAGAAAAGGUGCACAUGAAAUAGAACCCAAAACUGAUCUUACUCGCUGGCGAUUCAGCUCCGUGGAAGGGCGGCAUAAAUGGUACUACGUGGCAGACAAUGAAGAAUGUGCCCGUGAACAGAACGCACUAGAGGCUUACACUUUAGGGCUGGACAUUAGUAAGUUCUUUCCAGACUUGCCCAAAGCCAAUACGGCCCAGGAAGCAGUCCAGAAAGCGAUUAAAUUCUUCUCUGGCCUGCAAGCGGAAGAUGGCCAUUGGCCUAUGGAGUGCUCUGGUGUCGUCGCUCUUGGACCAGGUUUUUUGAUGUCAUGCUAUGCUGCCAAGAUCUCACUGCCAGAAGAGUACGAGAGAGAGCUCCUGCGUUACAUCUUCUCACAACAGCUUCCAGAUGGUGGCUGGAGUUUCCAUCUUACAGAACAGUCAACAGUAUUAGGCACAACCUUCAGCUAUAUAGCUAUGCGAAUCCUUGGACUUGGGCCUGACCAUCCAAAUGUAGUGCGGGCUCGGAUAAAUCUCCACAAAAAAGGUAAGGCAGAACUCUCUGGCAGGGCUGGAUCAAUCCAUUUUGCUCGAGCGUAG